AUGUCUGGCCGCGGAAAGGGAGGAAAGGGACUCGGAAAAGGAGGCGCUAAGCGCCACCGGAAAGUGCUCCGUGACAACAUCCAGGGAAUCACCAAGCCCGCUAUCCGCCGUCUGGCUCGACGUGGUGGGGUUAAGCGGAUCUCCGGCCUCAUCUACGAGGAGACCCGCGGUGUGCUCAAGGUCUUUCUGGAGAAUGUUAUUCGUGAUGCCGUCACCUACACCGAGCACGCCAAGAGGAAGACAGUAACCGCCAUGGAUGUGGUCUACGCUCUCAAGAGGCAGGGCCGUACUCUCUAUGGGUUUGGUGGUUAAACUCUCAACUUGACCUGUAAUUUAAACAACGGCUCUUCUAAGAGCCAUACA